AUGGAUGAACGAAAAGCGCCGAGUCAUGCUGCUCAUGGCGCCCUACAUAACCCUGGCAAAGGGGACAGGUCUUCCGACCGAGACAACGGGAGUGAAGGAGGCGAGUCGUCGAAUAAGUAUCGAAGAAUCGAUCAGGAGGGUGCCAGAACUUCGACGGCUUCCGAGCAAAGCAACCGUUUCUUGUUCGUCGACUCGUCCUCCACUGGGCAAAGACCGCGUUCUGACCAGCGAGCAAUCAAUGCACACAUCCAGCAGACUGCGCACAGAAAUCGAAAGCAAGCCGCACAAAGGCUGAGAACGACAGGGACCGCAAACAUAGGACGCUAUCGACGUGAGCCGCAAUUGCAGCCACGGCCGAUCGAGCCUCAACCGACUACUCCCGUCACCCUUGGGCGACGCGGUCCUCUUCAACCACAGCCAUUUACCAGUCAUGAGAGCGCUUUGACGCCACAAUCACCGCUCACGCCGCGAGAAGAGACUGUUAGUCCCGAACCGCCAGCGCCUGCACGCUCGGAAUCUCCUCCAGAAUUCGACCGUGAGCAAGUCGACCGAUUACGGCACUAUAGCAGCGUUCGUGGAGCGGAAGUUCGCAACGCCAUCACUACGCAGCAGCAUGAACGAAAUGCGUCCACUGAAGUCACUCGACGGGCGAACUUGGAAGACGAAAAAACCUCGGUGAGGUCCAUGCUCACCCAGAUUUUGCAACGACUGGAUGCUGGCCAUGCGGGCCGCUUGAUUCAACCUUCUCCUAAUUCAUCACUGGACAACACACUCCUUGACCCCUUUAAUAUCAGCUCUGUACAUAUUACCCCAAGCAUGAAUGCUGUUUUGCGUCAUUUUUCCGAUGUUAUGAUACCCAGCGUGUUUCCUACUCGACACCAAGCCGAAAUCCAGACUCGAUGGGCCUUUCAAAAUGCUGCCCAGGAUCCACUGGUCUUGUACUCCCUCCUAGCCGUUGCGUCAGCCGAGCGAAGUUCGCGUUUGGGACAAUUACGAAAUGGUUCGAUCGAGACGACAUUCACCGAAGCGGACCUUGAAAACCGCAUCGUCCCUGAUUUUGUUUCAUAUAAGGUGAAUGCAGUGAGGAUUGCGAAUGAGACGAUGAAAUCAAUGGAAAAGGCCGCCCAGGCUUCGACGAUUUUUGCUAUGAUGUGUUUGCUUUCUAUCGAGGUUAUCACGGGAAAUCAAAAGGAAAUAUUUGCGCAUGUUUCGGGAUUGCAGAAACUGAUCGCCUGGCGCGGCGGGUAUCAUGGGAUACCUCCUCAUGCUACGGAGCUCAUCCUAUCUACUUCUUAUAUGUGCGCCGCGCUGACACGAUCUUUACCUGCGGCGCCUCCUACCUCUGCACUGCCUUCCCUCCCUGCAAGUUUGGUCGAAGAAAUUAGGCAAAACGUGAGUGAGGACAUGAAAAAAAUGGGCAUGGGCAUAUUGACCGCGGACAUUGAUACCAUAAUGGACUGGAGAAUAUCACAAGCUUUUCGAGACAUGAAGGAUGUCGUUCAAUACCGGGAAUACUACCACGAAAAGCAGCUGCUCCCUGCGCCCGAGGAAAAUGACUACAUCAACGCCAAAAGCUACCAUUUCCGCUACGCAGCAUUGUCCGCACCGUUUGAGCCACGAGAGCCUGCCAGCGACAAAGAAGAGGCCUGUCGCCUCGCGUUGCUCAUCUUCUGGUUCAGCAUCUUUCAGAUCUCUCGACCCGAUUCUGCACUCAACCGGACAUUGACCUCACAGCUGAAGUCCGCCUUGCAGGCUUCAGAUUUGAAAGGUCUCUGGGGCCCCCAUUAUCAGCUCCUGGCAUGGGUUCUCCUGCUGGGUGCAUAUAUCUCUGCGGGCCAGAGAGAGAGACCGUGGUUCGUGCUGAAUCUUGCGAGGGUGUCUAGAGUGCUCAGACUCCAAAACUGGGAUGAGGUCCGCCAGUUGCUAUUGCAAUUCUUCUAUCUCGACCGGAUCUACGCUGAGGGUCAUUGGAGAGGCGUCAAGCUCCAGACGGUAUUGAUGGCGCUUUUUCGAGUGGAUGAGCAAAACGAUUCAUGUCUUGACGGCGAUGGCUUUGUCGUGAUUUCCAAACCCGCCGAGUCGUCACAGAAUGGAAUGCCUGAGAUAUUCCGGCUGCCUCGCUGCAAUGGCCUAGAUCUGUAUGAGGUCUCGGUAGAUGAGCUCCAACAUCUCUACUCUACCGGGGCAUUGUCCUCUGUUGACUAUGUGAAAUUCUGCUUAGACAGAGUUCAAAAAAUUAACCCGUAUCUCGAAUGUGUUAUCGAGACCAAUCCCGACGCGCUCGAUCAUGCCCAGGCCUUGGAUGAGGAACGGAAGCAAGGCAGCGUCAGAGGCCCAUUACAUGGUAUUCCCGUGCUUGUUAAAGAUAACAUGGCUACGGCAGAUAAGAUGCAAACGACAGCGGGCUCGUGGGCCUUGCUCGGCUGUAUCGUCCCAAAAGAUGCACACAUCGUCCAUCUUCUGCGCCGAGCGGGCGCGAUCAUCCUCGGCAAAACCAACCUUGAUGAAUGGGCAGGAAUGAGAGGCAGCAUCUACUCGAUGGGGUACUCUGCCCGUGGUGGGCAAUGUCGGAAUCCGUACAUGCUGACUCGCUCCCCGAAUGGCAGCAGCUCAGGCAGUGCCGUCAGCGUCUCAGCCAAUAUUGUCCCGCUCGCGUUCGGCACAGAGACAGACUGCAGCGUGAUCAGCCCCGGUAUGGUCAGUGGUGUUGCCGCGAUCAAGCCGACGGUCGGUCUCACUUCGCGUGGAGGAGUCAUUCCUAUCUCAGAGACACAGGAUUCCGUCGGCCAUUAUGGGAGAUGCGUCGCAGACGUUGCCCGUGCAUUGGACAUCAUCGCGGGUCCCGACCCUGACGACAAGUUCAGUACUCAGCCUGGAAGACGUCAGCCAAACAGUUAUUAUGAAUGCCUUGUUGACAGGCACGCGCUCAAGGGUGCAAAGUUUGGUCUGCCAAGCAAGUGCUUCUGGGAUGCUGCUCCGUAUCCUCAGCGACUUGUUGCAGAGAAAGUCUUGGAUCUUAUAAAGCAAGCAGGUGCCGAAAUCAUCCUCGUUGAUAUGCCGUGCGCCGAAGAGAGAUUGGGCAAGCACGGGAUCUGGGACUGGGAACGCUACGGCGAAUCCAACCCUAAAAUCUCCGAAAUCACCGUCAGCAAAGUUCAGACAUAUUACCUUAUGAACCAAUACCUGAGCAAACUGAAAAACACACCCAUUAAGACUCUGGAGGAUAUCGUGCGCUUCAACGACGAAAACCGCGGCUCCGAAGGCGGCCAGGCCGCCGAUUUACCCGCGUUUCCUGAUGGCCAGCGGCUUUUCCGCAAGUGCGUCGAGACCAAGGGCAUCAAGGAUGAGACGUAUUACGCCGCGUUGACGCAUAUCCAAUCUCAAUGCCGCGAAAAUGGGAUUGAUGCUGCAUUGAAAUGUCCUUUGAGCAGCCGGCGUCCGCAGUCUCCCCAUCAUGAAGAAGAACUUCUCGACGCUCUCCUCUUCUGCGACGUGAAAGCGGGAGGCAUCCAGAUUGCCGCUCAAGCAGGCUAUCCUGUGAUGACGAUUCCUAUCGGCCUUGAUCCAGACGGCAUGCCCGUGCCGUUGACACUGCAGCACACUGCUUGGCAGGAAGACAAGCUGAUCAAGUGGGCGAGUGCCAUUGAGGAUCUCCUGAGCCACUAUGAUGAAGAGCAUUCUAUACCGCCAAGCGAUAGAUGGCGUAUGCUGGGACGCGUCCCGCCCACGUUCAUGGACCAUUUGCGCAAGAACAUCCCCACUGAUAUGGAUUAUCACUGGCCGGGCCGCCAUCGAGAUCAUGCUGUUUAA